CCGCUCAUCACGUGACUCCUGCGACUAUAACAGAGCUCAACAAACUGAGUUCAGGAAACUGGAGCAGCCGAGGACAAGAUGAACACGCUACUGGCCUUCACCAUCCCAUUGUUAUUCAGCUCGUUGGUGUGGAGUGGAUACCUGGAAUAUGACCAAGAUGUCUUGAUACCACAGGACUGGACUCGUGUCGGCCGGGUUGAUCCUACAGAGGAGCUAGAACUGACAUUUGCCUUGAAACAGCAGAAUGUUCAUCUUCUGGAGGAAAAACUCAAACUGGUGUCAGACCCUGACUCAGCUCAGUAUGGUAAACAUCUUAGCCUGGAGGAAGUAGCCUCUCUUGUGCGUCCAUCUGAGCUGACCCAGAAGGUGGUGCGUCACUGGCUGCAUAGUCAUGGGAUUACAAACUGCCUGACUGUUCGCACUCAGGACUUUUUACAGUGCAAGAUGACUGCAGAGAUUGCGGAGACACUGCUUCCAGGAAGUAGGUUCCACCGUUACGUCAGAGACGGCCAUUCUAUUGUGAGAUCUUCAGCUCCAUACUCAGUUUAUGAUGAUGUUCACCAACAUCUUGACUUUGUUGGAGGGCUUCAUCGCCUCCCACCUAAAGGGCAGGACCUGAGCAAGAAACCACAGCAGAGUCAGGCAGGGGUGCACCUCGGCGUGACUCCUGCCAUCUUGAGGGCUCGUUAUAAUCUGACAGCAAGUGAUGUGGGAUCAACUCAGAACAACAGCCAGGCUGUAGCUCAAUUCCUGGAGCAGUACUACCACCCUGCAGACUUGGCUGAGUUCAUGAACAUGUUUGGCGGGACCUUCCAGCAUCUGUCUCAGGUGGAUCGAGUUGUAGGCACACAGGGAACAGGAAAGGCCGGUCUGGAGGCCAGUCUGGAUGUAGAGUACAUUAUGAGCACCGGGGCAAACAUCCCCACAUGGGUCUUCACUAAUCCAGGUCGCCAUGAGACUCAGGAGCCCUUCCUGCAGUGGAUGGUUUUGCUCAGCAACAUGUCUGACCUGCCCUGGGUUCACACUAUCAGCUAUGGAGACGAUGAAGACAGCCUGUCUACAGCCUACAUGAUGAGGAUCAACACAGAGUUCAUGAAGGCUGGCGUCAGGGGAAUCUCUUUGCUCUUUGCUUCUGGUGACAGCGGUGCUGGGUGCAAACAUAUGGGGAAACAGAACUCCUUCAGACCCAGUUUUCCUGCCUCAAGCCCAUAUGUGACUACAGUUGGAGGAACAUCAUUCAAGAAUCCAUUUAAGGUCACAUAUGAAGUCACAGAUUACAUCAGUGGAGGAGGUUUCAGCAAUGUCUUUGGAAUGCCAGACUACCAGGCCAGUGCAGUGAAGGGGUAUCUGAAGACCGUAGAAGCAACCCUCCCUCCUCCGUCAUACUUCAAUACAAGCGGCAGGGCCUACCCAGACAUGGCCGCUCUGUCUGAUAACUACUGGGUGGUCAGCAACAGAGUGCCUAUCCCCUGGGUGUCUGGGACUUCGGCGUCAACCCCCGUGGUCGGAGGCAUGCUUUCUCUGAUCAAUGGCCGGCGUUUGCAGAGGAGUCUGCCUACACUGGGCUUCCUCAACCCCCGCCUCUACAAGCUCAAAGGGCAGGCCUUGUUUGAUGUCACUGAGGGUUGUCACGAGAGCUGCCUGGAUGAGCAGGUUCAAGGAAAGGGUUUCUGUGCUGCACCAUCAUGGGACCCUGUGACAGGCUGGGGGACACCAAACUACCCUGAACUGCUGGCUGCCCUCCUAGAUGAGUAAACGACUGCCAUUCACUGAAGUUAAACCGCCAGUAUUUGCUCUAAGAAAUACUGCUUUAUACACGUCCAAACUCUUGACCAGGUGCCUGAUGCCAAAGGCAAGACAGUGGAAAGGCUACACGCUAGAUUUCUUUGUUUUAUUCAAAUUUUAUUCCAGUCUCAAGACAGGUUUUUAAUCCCUCAUCAUCAUUUCUAAAUGCCUCGCCUCAACAAUAGUAGAGGUUUUUAGGUCAGGGAUAGUUAGUUUUGGAUCUUUUGUGCUUCACUGCAGUUGCCUAUUUCUGCUGUUCACUGCGUUUUAACUGACCUGGAUUUCUCCAAGUAUCUCUGAAACAACCUUACAGAUGGAUACUUUUUAACAGGAAUCUUAUGCUUUAAAUUUAUGCCUCCAGAUACACAGCAGUAGGAGGUGUGAGUGCAAUGAUUGCUAUGCAUAAACUAAGGAUAAGUGAACACUUAAAAUGCUGAAACACAGAUUUUAAUCACUUCUCUGUGUACGUUACUGAUUUUUAAAAAAAAAAUAUUAAGACAGUGUUGAACAUCAAUCAGAACUCCAUAUUGGAUGCAAUGAUCUCACCAGAUAAAGGAGAUUCAGCAUGUGAUUGGAUAAAGAUGUGGUUUGUAGUGAGAAUAUGUAUUGUACCAAAUGACUCAGCAGGGAUGAGCUAGGUACGAGUCAUUGUUUCAUUUAAUUACAAACAUCUGCAUGCAGUUUUAACAUGUCAUUCAUGUAUUUGUGGUCAAACGGGGACAUGCUUUAUGGUGUAAGAUUAACAGGACCUUGAAAAACUUGAUUUUAUUGUGGUUUUUAGCUGUUUGCUCUGCAGCUGUGAACUAACAAAUUGCACUGUAACAUGUGGGUUUAAAAUGAUUCAACAGUUCUGCCCACCAGCAUUAUUGCACUAGUUUUUAUCUUUUAACGAUGUAAAUCCACAAAUCCGAUGUAUCUGAAGUGAAAAUGACUGCCGGUGUUGUUUCUUCUUCAUUGAUUAAAGCUGGAUUUGUACUUUGA